AUGCUCCUCCUUCCUAUCCACAGGAUACUCAUCGCGAUCCUCCUCUUACUCGCACUCUGCUCUGCUGCUGAAGAUACCUCCAGCGAUGCAUCAAACUCAGCUCUAUAUGACAUGGUCCCGGAUUGUGCUAAGGACUGCGUUGAUAGCUUCAUCAAGUCCGAAUACACACCCAUGGAAUGCACGUCACCUUCCAAUAUCAAGUGCCUUUGCCGCACCAAGACAACUAGUAGCUUGACCUUGGGGGAAGCGGCUUUGAGCUGUGUUCUGUCUGUAUGCUCACAGACAGUUAUCGCAAAGUCAAAGGCUUAUCACAUAUGCGACUCGGUAUCUGAAGCCCUUCCGAAAACACACCAGACGAUUACCGCGACCGUCUUUUCUGAUACGAGUACCACAGAGGCGAGUGAUGCAAAAACGACCACAGAGACAACAUCAACUAGCUCCAUUUCGACAACUGAACACACUUCGGAGGCCUCUGCGACAAAAUCUACAGCGACAUCGGCAUCGACACCGACGUCAACACCGACGUCAACCACCUCCAGUCAAACCUCUGAAAUCACAUUCUAUGAUGCUUCUUCAUCUUCAGGUUCUCAAGUGGAACCAACAUCCUCUACCGGACAAAUUUCCAGUGACUCUUCCGAAGAUACGAAUAAGAAAGGUGAUCAUGGUAUCACUCCAGCGGCGAUCAUUGGGAUGUCAGUAGCAUCAGGUGUGGCAGGGUCUUUCAUCAUCGGUGUUGCUGUGUUUUUCUGCUGCAAGAGAUGGCGACGAAAACAGCGGGAACAGACAGCGCCACACAUUUUCGAGAUUGGAGGCGCCAUGUCUGAGCCUUCUGAUUUUUUGAAACCCAUGCCACGACUCCCAACAGAAGGUUUGGGUCUAGGGUCUUCAUACCACUCAACUAGUGACCGCGAGACAAUGUUACAGCGGCCACGUACUUUCCAUUCAAUGGAAAGCGUUCAACCACUAUCACGAUACUCACCGCAAUCCGCCACGGUACAUCACUUGGGCCAGAGCAAAGAACCUAAAGACCAAGAACGAAUAGGGUUUGCUAUUAGCUCCGAUUCGGACUGGGAAACUUCGCCCCGGACACAAUCGUCACAGCACAGCGUAGCACGACUACUCCCAGAUCCUACAGCUGGACUAUAUCCAAAGCCGUUGAAGUGGAGUCAUCGGCCACCUAGUGGAGAGACUCUCUUUGAAGAAGACGAAAGUCAACAUGCAGCGGCGGCAGCAGCAGCAGCGGCAGCAGGAAUGAUGCAAAACAACUCCCCAAGGCCAGGUAUCCAGCCGAAACUCGCAGGGCUGCCAGCCAAUCCACGCGCAUUCAAAAAGGAAUUCCCAACAGGCAACUACAAACGAAGAUCUGGGGCCCGAAGUGCCCUAGCACCCCCAUUCAAUCCCAAUACAGCCUUCAGAACCUCCUCAUCAGACAGUAGCGCUGCACCCAACGAAAUCUCCGAAACUUCACAACCCUCCUACUCCUCCAUAAACCGAAACAUCCUCCUCGCCGCCCCCGUCAACACCCCCCAUGUCCAACCUCAGAACCGCAGCCUGUCACCGGGACGACACGCGCCUCAAGCCUGCCCCGCCCCAUCAUCAUCAUCAACCCUCCCUCCAGGCUCGGAGAUAGUAUCCAGGCCGCGGAUCAUACGUGGAAACGACAUCAAACGUGUCCAGAUCCGCAACAGUCCACGACCGCCUAGCGAAGUCGUAGCGCCAUACUGCCCCGAUGACCUGUGGCUGGAGCGUGGACGCGCCCUCGCGCCGCCGAAGUCCCGGGAACCGUCUGGGGAACUGCCGUAUCCUUCAGAUAUGUUUCCAGGUGCUGUGCAUUAUCCUGAUAGUCCGAAGAAGAAGGUUGGCGCUGUGUCAAAUCGGGUUUCUCCAACUAGUCGGAAUUUGACGCCAUCGAGGAGGGGCGAUGAUUUGAUUCUUCGUGUUGAUUAG